AUGGUGUUGUUCCAAGACGGGAUGGUGUUGUUCCAAGAUGGGAUGGUGUUGUUCCAAGACGGGAUGGUGCUGUUCCAUGACGGGAUGGUGCUGUUCCAAGACGGGAUGGUGCUAUUCCAAGAUGGAUCGGUGUUGUUCCAAGACGGGAUUGUGCUAUUCCAUGAUGGAUUGGUAUUAUUCGGAUUGGUGUUGUUCCAAGAUGGAUCGGUGUUGUUCCAAGACGGGAUGGUGCUAUUCCAAGAUGGAUUGGUAUUAUUCGGAUUGGUGUUGUUCCAUGAUGGAUCGGUGUUGUUCCAAGACGGGAUGGUGCUAUUCCAAGAUGGAUUGGUAUUAUUCGGAUUGGUGUUGUUCCAAGAUGGGAUGGUGUUGUUCCAUGACGGGGUGGUGCUGUUCCAAGACGGGAUUGUGCUAUUCCAAGAUGGAUUGGUAUUAUUCGGAUUGGUGUUGUUCCAUGACGGAAUAGUGCUAUUCCAAGAUGGAUUGGUGCUGUUCCAGGAUGGAUAG